GGACAGUUUUUAACUGGAGUGUAAAAUCCAAUGUACGAAACAUUUCAUUAGAUUAUUUAUUUUGUAAUAUUGGUUUUGUAAACGAGUAAUUUUAUUAAAAGUCGUUUUUCAGAUUUUGGAUUAAUUGAAUAUUUAAAGAAGGAAUGAUACACGGAUUUUCUGCUCAUUCAUCUAAACUAUGUUUUCACAAAGAAAUAAAACCAUGGGUUCUGAACGUUUUGUGCUGCUGCUUAUACUGGUCGGGACUCUCCAAAUUGUCUGUGGAGAUAAAGAUAUAGAUAAAGAUAUAGAAAUAUCCUGUGAAGAUGUGACUGGAAAAGUGGGAGAGACAUUAAAUCUAACCUGCAAUAUCUCUUGCAAGUGCAGUGAAUGCUGCAUUACAUUUUACAAGUUUAAUAAUCCUGCUGCUGAAAUCUGUAGAAAAGUAAUCCCUAGUAAUCCCUGUGAACGGUGGACCAGCAUCACAUGUUCUUACACUCUGAAAGUAACGACAAAUGUUACAUUAUUUUUGCAAACAAACUGUGGACAUAAAUCAGCAGAAUUCACUGUUCACGUAUCAGACACUGAAGCUCCCACUAAUGCUCCUGUCGCAACAGUUCAAGAAGAUGCUCAAUCUUACAUUACUGCAGUCAUCAUCUGUCUUACACUCCUCCUCAUCAUCAUCAUCUUCAUCAUCUUUAUAGCAAAACAGUCCAAAAAGUUGAGAGAAAAGUGUGCCAACCCUUUUAGAUCUUGUAUGGACAAUGAAAUGUGUGAUAAUGAUGACAACAGUAUAUGAUGGGACAGAACAGUUUAAUCGCAUUGUCACAAUGUGAAACUGUGAAUCAUACUGUCACUAAUGAAGCUCCAUGAGAAGAAACGUCAGCUACUACACUGCCCGGCCCAAACAACAACAACAACAAAAGUUGCCCAAAAAAAGGCAGUCCAAUGAAAUAGUAGCAUAUGCAACUUGUUUUGUUUUUUGUCCAGGCGGUGUAUCUGUUGUAGAGGGAACUACUGAAUAAGACUUUGGAUGUCAAGUAUGUUUUAUAAAGCAGAAACACUGUUUUCUGUUUUAUUUUGUUUCUGUGAAAUAACUGUUUUUUUCAUCUGUUGAUCAGAGUAAACAAAUGGCUUAAAGUAUCUCAAGCACUGCAUGCUGUUAAUAUAUACAGUCAAACUUGAUAUGUUUGUGUUUGUUUUUGUUUACUUCUUAUUUUAACAGAUCUUUGAGAAAUGUUCAGAAUAAUUUUGUAUUAUGUGUUUGGUGUUUGUAUUUGUAUCCUACUUUCUGUUUCCUAAAGCUAUAAUAUAUUAUAUAUCUAACUUAAAUGCAGUUUUUUUAAUGAUUUAUUAAAGGUUUUAAAAAUGUAAAGGGGUAAUUUAACCAAAAUGUAAAAUACAUCACCCACAUUUAUUUCCAAACCCGUAUGACUUUCUUUCCAUUCACACUUAAUGUGUUUUAGAUGAUUUCUAUGUAAACAUGUGGUAGAAGUCUUUGAGCAUUGCACAUAUAGAGAAUUGCACAAGUAAUCGAUUAAUCGAGUACUCGUUCAGCAUCAACUAAUCGACAUUUAAAAACACUUCUGGAAUAUCACAAAUGAAUGUUCCUGUGUGCAUUCGGCAAUGCUGAAUUAUACUGUACUUUCUCUCUGAAUCUCACCAAAUAUCGUGUCUUAAAAAUUGUUUUUUUACAUCAUCAAAAGUUAUAUUGUAUUAUAAGCUGUUUAUAAUAAUUGGGGAUGCACGAUACCAUUUUUUCUCUUCCGAUCCAAUUCUGAUAUUGGAAAUCUCAGUAUCGGCCGAUCCCGAUCCCGAUCCGAUACAGUUUAGAAUAUCUUUACAUUAUUGUGUGGAAGUAAUUGGGAGUUCGCUUUAAUAUAUAAAGAAACACAAAACCUCAAAUUACACAUUAUUUCAAGAUAAAUGUACAGCUUAUGAAGAAACACUUUAUUAUUAACUAUUAAACUGGAGAAUGUAGCAGCAAAAUUAACAGUAAUUCCAGUAUAAGUCAUCAGUAGAAAAGAAGCAGUUUUUUUACUUUAAAGGAUUCAGAUCACUAUUGUAGUUCAAUUCAGUUAUAAGACUGUUGUGAGUUAUCUGUUUCAUCUGUUCAUGGUGUCUAUAACCCAUCUGGAUAUUACUCACCUGCUGUUUGCCACUCUGCUCAACUGGAUUCACUCACAUGAUGUUUACAUCACUGUUUCAAUCAUCUGUUCAAUAAACCAUGCUACUGAGUUCAUAUCUCUGCCUCCUUUAACUUUUAAACCCUCACGCUUUUAUUUUGACAUUCUGAACUCUCCAGGAAGUCCUGUAAGUGUCUGUUUGUAGGCAAGUUCACAGUUUAAUUCACUUCUUAUUAAAAUUCUGGUAAAAUGCACCUCUGAUGCUGUUCUACAUGCAUAUUAUAAGUGAACCGAACUAUUGAGCAUCUACAUCUGAGAUGUGGUUCACGAGUAGCUCAAAUACCGUGUGAACGCACCUGUGUGUAAACAGAGCAGCGCCAUUCAAUAAUGCGCACGAGCUGAGCGUGCAUUUGACAUAUUUCCUUACAAAACAGCCUUUUGUGAUUCACUGAGCUAUGGCACGUCAAGUGGCUUUGAAUGAAAUGCACGAGUCAUAUGAACUACUUUAAUUGUUAAUGGUUCUUUUAUGUCAUUUUUGGAGCUUGACAGUAACAAACAUGACUAACACACAGUAUCAGAUUUGGAUCGGGCUCGUCGGACCGAUCGAUCCGUUUAAAAACGUCAGUAUCGGAGUCGAUACCAAUCCUAGUAUCGGAUCGGUGCAUCCCUAAUAAUAAUACACCCAAAUGUUGUGGAGUUGCUCUGUGUGUAUGAAUUAUUUUAUUGUUGAAUUAUGUUUAUCUUGUAUCAUUGCUUUGUUUUUAAA